AUGCAACUCCGCAAAGCCGCACGCAUCAUCCUAGUCGGUGCCCCCGGCGUGNGCAAGGGCACUCAGUCUGAGCGCAUGCUCCAGCGAUUUCCCCAACUAGCCUCGAUCAGCUCUGGAGAUCUCUUGAGAGAUAACGUACGCAGACGCACUCCGCUCGGCAUCCAAGCCGAAUCCCUCAUGAAAGCGGGAGCCCUCGUCCCCGAUUCGACCAUCUUGCGCCUGAUCACAAACGAGUUGACCACACGAGGCUGGCUUACUCCUUCUACGACACAGAAGCCUAUGAUCAUGAACUCGGUCGCUGCUUCAAUCAGCACCCACGAGGCUUUCGCAUCCUCUCAAGACGACUACGUUACUCCCACAUCCUCGCACCAGGGUAACUACAACUUCAGUGAUCAGCCGGAUGCAUCCUUCAUCCUUGACGGCUUCCCGCGCACUGUCGACCAAGCCAUUCAACUCGACAAGUUGGUCCCCAUCAACCUUGUCGUCCAGUUGAACACUCCCACUUCGGUUAUUCUCGAUCGCAUCUGCAAUCGUUGGAUCCAUGCCGCCUCGGGUAGAGUCUACAACACUACCUUCAAUGCGCCAAAGGUCGACGGCAAAGAUGAUAUCACCGGAGAAACGUUGGUGCAAAGAGAUGAUGACAAGCCCGAGACCUGGAUGGCUCGCCUGAAGAAGUUCGAAGAGACUAGCCAACCUCUGCUCGAACACUACGAUCAGCUUGGUGUUCUCUGGAGAGUCGAAGGCAACAGUAGUGAUGAAAUCACUCCCAAGCUGUUUGACGAAUUCAACAAGAGAUUUGGAUUGCCAUGA